AUGUUAGGUAUAUCAGUGAACAUUUUCGUCGUUUAUCUUCUGUUUCUCUCCAAACAAAUUGGUGCUAAUGAAUUGACGUUUGAAUUACCAGAUAACGCGAAAGAAUGUUUCCAUGAAAAGCUCAAAGUUGGCUCCAAAUACACAUUAGAAUUUCAAGUUGUGACUGGAGGAAAUUACGAUGUGGAUUUGGAACUGAAAAGUCCGUCAGGUCGAGUUUUGUAUAAAGAAGCCAAGAAACAAUACGAUCAAAUUGAGAAAACUGCCGAAGAAGAAGGUGUCUACGUCUUUUGUUUUAGUAACGAAUUCUCCACUAUUAGUCACAAAGUUAUUUACAUAGAUUGGAGAGUCGAUGGAGAUCCAGAACAUGAAAUUAAGGGAAACAGUCCACAGGUGGCACAAGGCGCAUUGACAAUGAUUGAAUCAAAAGUUGGCGGAAUUCAUGAAAAUCUGGAAAAAGUUAUCGAUUAUCAAACUCAUCAUCGUUUACGUGAAGCAACCGGUCGUGCACGUGCUGAAGAUCUACAAGAACGUGUGCAAAUCUGGUCGUUAGGACAGUUUAUUCUAAUCAUAAUUGUGGCAAUAGGAACUGUCCUUUUACUUCGCUCGUUCUUCACUGAUCGUAGACCAGCAUCCAGUAUGUCCUGGCAUCGUUAA